GUGAUUCGGCUAACAACACUGGCGUUUGCAGGUAACAAACAAACAAAAAGUAUGGCAGGUGUCAAGCGGUUCGUGAGGAAUGACCGGUCGUACACGGUGGUUUGAUUUGAUCUAACUGCGGCUGUGGGAGGGCGAGAUGUUUUCAGGCGCCAGGAAAUCGCCGCGAAUCGAAGACUUAAUCUCCACGGAGGAUGACACCUUGGGAUCCUCUAUAAGUCUAAGCGUCGGCGAGAACUCGGUGCGCAUCAAGGAGAAACCUAAAGUCGCCAAGGAAGCCGAGCAGUCGUCGGUCGACAAGAGAGACUCCACGCUGGAUAAGUGGUGGCUGAAGAGACCCGAGACGCGUCUGGGUGUCCUGGGUGCCAAGAAUGCAGACGCGAAGACGAAGCAGUCUCCCAUCCCUUCGUCGGACGUCAGCUCUUCGAUGAAAGAGUUCCUCGAGAGAGAGAGGAUGUGCAAGACAACGUCCAAAAGCGAGGGAGAAGCGAAAGACAAGGAUGACACGUUAUGCGACAUACUCGCAUCUGCGGCUUUUGACAAAUAUCCGUCAGACUUUGAAAAUGCCACUGACGAAGAUAUCGGCAGUAUCCUGGAGGAAAUGAGCAAGAUUGCCGGGGCAUUAAGUCCGAACUCGUAUCCCGAACGUACAAGAUCCGGUGGUUCCAGUAAGAAUCCCACCGAAGAGGAGAAGUCCGUGGAAGAGUUGUUGGAAGAAGCUGAGAAGCUAGUCAGGAAAAAUUGUAACACUCUAUCGAAAAGUAUAUCCAAGUCUGAUACUCUAGUGCCAGAAAAUCAAGACGACAGCUUGAACAGAGUGAGACAAUUGGAAGCUGACAUUUUUCAGUUAAUAGAGGAAGAGGUGAACAAAGAAACAGAAAAAAUAAAGAGGAGUCCAAGAAACGACAGGAGACGGGAGGACAGCCCCGGAUUCGAGGUCGUUUAUGAAAAUCUGAAACCACCGAAAACGCUGGAGCUUCAAAGACGAAAGUUUGAGGAACAGAGAGUCGAGAUAUCGAGUAGUUCCGAUUUGGACGACCCGAUUGAGAGGCAUUCCAAGUCUGAGGAACUGAAGAUCGCGAAGAGAAUUGAAAUGGAGAAAGAGAAUCUGCAGAAGGAGAUUACGGACGUGGACAAGGAUUUUUUCGAAGAUCUGCUGAGAAGAUCCAAGGAGAAGGCGGAGGGCGGGAUGUCGGCGAGCUCCAGUUUCGGGCAGGAGGAUUUCUCGCAUUUCUUGAAGCUGCUUCAAGGGCAGAAUACAGACAAAAUGGAGCCGGAAUCAAAAGAGCCUAAUGCGAUGUACGAUCUCUUUUUGAAAUCUACUAACGGCGAAGUAGUGUCGUCUAAGGAGGGCCAAUUAGCUACUGGCAAAACCCCAGAGUUUCCAGAAAAAGAAUUUUCCGAGAUAUUGGAAAAAGAAUGGCCGGCCAUUAGCGGUGCACCCAUGGAUCAUGAAAUCAAUGAGAGCGAUUCCAGCGCGAGCGAAGGACGGCAUAAAGGGGCGCUGAAAUCUCUGUCAGGCAAUAAAACAGUCUUGAAACAUUCCAACAAUGAAUCGAAGAAGAUAUCGAAAGUCGCGAAGAAAGAAGGCAAUAAAAAUGUUACGGAAGCUAACGAAAAGGCAGUUAAUUCUGAAAAUGAGCUGUACACGGUGGGACUGACGCCGAGGCUGGAAUUAUUCGCGGAUGCAAUACCCAAACUUAUAGCUGAGAAGUUAAGUGAAAGUGUCACGAAGGAGAACGCGGAGAAAGCAGAGAAAGCAGAUUCGCCGUACGAGAAAUCUGCUCGUUUAGAAAUGAAGGUUGACAUACAAGCGGAAAAUUCAUAUACCGUUAACAUACCAAAGACUUCGAAGAUGCAUCAUCAAGAAGUAUCUGAAGAAGGUCACGGUGUUUCGAGUAAAGCAAUAGACUUACCCAAAACCGACCGCGUAGUCAGUGCACCGAGCAAUAAACAAUCGAAGAAGGAGAUAAAAUUCUGCAAAUCUAAGAGCUACGACCAGAUAUGCCAGCCUCCUCUGACAGCAUCCCUCGAAAAUCUCAGGGUUAACAAAGCAUUAGACGUGUCUAAAAAACCUGUAAACACGAUUUCCAGAAAGUCAUCGGCGGUAAAGCCGAAAGUGCAAUCCCGACCGAUUCCCAAAGCCGCGCCGAAACCCAGCUCGUUCCUGAAAUCAAAACUGGAUUCCGCUAAAGUCGGGUCCGCAUCCAGCUUGCCAACCGCGUGCAAGGGAUCCCUGAAAUCACCCGAUAGUUACAGGAAGAAUUUUAUGGCCGCCGGUGAUUCGAAGCAGAUUCCAAUGAAACACGAUUGGGAGAUGUUGUGUCGCGAGGAGAGACACAAGAACGCGCUGCUGAAGCAACAGUUGGAGACCGAGGCAAAGCUCUACAAGAGUCAAAUUGACGACAUGCGUACGUCCUUCGAGGGAGAGCUGUUUGCCUUGAGGAAGCAGAACAUAAUCUUGAAGGCGCGAGUCGACGAGCUCUCUCUGAGCGAGAGGCGCGCGGAGAUCCCCGUCAAGACCGACACGAGGAUCCCUCUUUUGGAACAGGAGCUGGAGAAGCAGGAAAGCCUGAUCCGCGCUUACGAGACCGAGAACAAGAAACUGAUGCAAGAUACGAAACGUAUGCAAGAGGAAUUGAAAAAUUUGCAGUCUAAGCAGAAGAGCACGGUAUCGAAAGGAAACGACGUGCAACAGCUCGCCGAUCGGGUGAAGGAUCUCCAGGAGGAGACGUUGAAGCUGAAUCUCGAAGUAUCCAAGCUGAAGGAGAAGAAUGCCGAUUAUCUGCUAAAGAACGACGAUCUAAUUCAACAGAACAGUCUGCUCACGGACGAAUUGGAUAUGUUCAAGGAGCAGCUGAAAGCGAAGAAUAACUUUAUCACGGAUCGGCUGCAAGUGAUGUCCACCACGGAGUUGGAACUUAAGAAACAGGUAGAAGAUCUGAGUAUCAAAUUGAGCUCCAAGUCGGAGCAGUUGCGAGUGACUAAACAGGAGCUCGAGAAGUUUCAGCAGGAUGUAUUGCCCUUGGAGAAGGAACUGCUGGAUCUCAGAGUUAGAGAAGGGAAUUUCCACGAGAAAUUACGGAUAAGCAAGAGUCACGUCGAGCGUGAGAAGCAGCUGACCCAGCGACUCAAGGAUCAGGUUAUUCUGGACAACAAGAAAGUCAUGGACCUUAACAGACAAGUGCGCGAGUUGGAGCGUAUACUCAAGAGAAAGAAUCCCGACUCGGUUUCGGCUCUCAUACUGACCGCCAACUCGGAACAGGAGAAGAUCGGUUCCGAGAAGGUGAAGCUUCUGGAGGAGAGAAUAGCGAGUCUCGAAAACGAGAUCAAAACCAAGGAGAAUAUCGCGCAGCAGAAUCUGGUCGACCUGCAGAAAAAGUUCACCGACAUGAAGGAGAAGUACGCGACGCAGGUGAUGGAGUUGGAGGCGAAACUGUUGGAGGCAACCGCGAAGGAGCGCAAGGUGUGCAAUGACAUGUUCACGCAGACGAUGAGAUACGUCGAGAGCAAGAGCGUGGAGAAUGGAAACAAGAAAGACGACAGAGCUUCAACCGUGGAUGAUAAGAAGGAUCAGAAAACGAAGGCUGGGCCGAAGUCUCAAAAUCCGAAGGAAGACGCGCAUCUCAUCGCCACCAUAAGAGGCCUGAAGCUGGAGAUCGCGAACAAGGACAAGGCGGUGUCGAAGAUAACCAAGGAGUAUCAGGAGCUCCAAAAGACGAAUCGGCGAUUGCAGAAGGAGCGGGAGAAACUGCUGAACGAUCGUAGGAGCUUUAGAAGCAUGGAUUUCGAUAAGGCGUUCCGAGGAAUGAGGAACGGCGAAGGGAACGAUCAGAAUUCGAAUGUCUAUCAGAACGGGCACAUGUCCGACUCGCAGAGAUUGUCGUCGUCGGCACCGAAGUUGUACGAUCCGAUGCAGUACACGGAGAACGGCAAGAACGGAGUUAUAAAGAAAUUGACUAACGAAAACGAUAUUCUGAAGGAGGAGCUGAGCAAGAUGAACAAGGAUUUCAUGGCGCUGAAAAGCAAGAGGUUGCACGAUUUGAAUCUCUUACAGGAGGAACACGAGCGGGAGAUGGCCACUCUUGUGAAAGAGUACAGCGUCAAGAUCGGAGAUUCUAAAGUGGUAAAGUUGCAGGGUCAGCUAAAUACUCAGGGAGCAAUCAUAUCGCACUUAAAAGAGCAGGUCGAAAAGUUCAGGGACUACAAGGAGCAGGUGGUCAUGCUGAAGGCCGAAAGAGAGCAUUUGGAGAGUAAAGUGAGGACGCUGACCGAGAAAGUCAAGUACUUAUCAACGCCGGGAACGGAGCAAUUGCAGUUGUUGCAGGACAAGAUCACGAUCCUCCAGCAACGGCACGAGAGCAGAGAGAUGACUCUACAGACGUUAAUUCGCGACUUACUGAGAAAUCGCACGCAGUGCAAAGACUGCAAAAACGAGAAGGGUAAGAAUCGGCAGCUCUGCUACUUCCGGCAGGAGCUCGAUCAUAUCUUAGGUAUGUUACAAGAGAUCGCUAACGUCCAUUGAUUAUCGCUGAAUCGAAAAAUCGUCUCUAAAUAGUCACGCAGCAUUUGGUGGUUAUCGGUUCGUCAUCGAAUAUUGUGAUAAUUUUUACAAGAGUAAGAUUCGCGAUGUAGCUUAAAAUAAUUCGAGAGAGGCAUUAGGUAAUUUAAGUGUCGGGGCGUAGGUGCGUAAACGCGUUCGUUCGCGACACUCAGCCAAAACAUGCAGUCGAUACUUCCAUCGACUCUUCCAGAACUUGAUGAAAAGGAACUUAUGCGCAAUCUUCUUUCUUGCGUCCGUGACGCCGUUUGUUCUGCGAGAUCGUCCAUCAGUACAGAAUUCGCGAAUGACUCGGUAGGCUCGGAUCACUGCCAAAGAGAGAAACGCUACCGCGUGACUAGCGGUAGCGUUAAUGUCUAUAAUAACGAACGAACGUACGAUUGAAUUACCAAUCUUUUCCAAUCUCUCUCCGUCGCCAAUUUUCUUGCCACGCGCGCGCAAUGUCUGGGAACACUGCCCGCUAUUAGUAUAAUCUAUUUUAUUGAAUCAAAAAUUAAUUUUUAGAAUAAGUCGUACAUUUUUAAGAUUAGAUAUUUAUUUAUUUAUUUAUUUAUUUAUUGACUCUCCGCGAAUAAAAUGACAUGGCUGCUUGCAACGUUUCUCCAAGUCGAUGUUGCCGUAGCUUGUUUUCUUCUUAUAAUAAACUGUAUAGCAAUGACAAUUGGACGGAGGAAAAAGAAAAUAGAUAUGUAAAAAUAUCCUCGUAAGGAUUUCUUCCAAAGUUUAAAUGAUAUCUAGUUUUUUACGGAUAAUUUUUUUGGAACUUUGCUGUACAUAUAGGCGUUAUAAGAGAUGAAUCGCUACAUUUAUUUCGGAUAAUACUCCACGUCACGAUCAACGAAGUCGAAGUCGCUCUCGACUAUAUCAUGUGUAUCGUAUCGUAAGUACUCUAAUUUAUUACUAUUGUUGCCAAGCCUAGCUGGUGGAUCUCGUAAAGUGUAGCCUUGUCUGUAUGCGUUCGUUAUAAAACGCAAGCACACCGCACAAAUCGAUGUGACCGAGACUGAAGGGCGAGUAAUCAGACGCAACAUAGAACAUGCCUAUCUUUCGUAUUUUCAACCUAAAUUCUGUAGACUCUUGGAGACUAUUAUCAUCCUGAGACUCGGUUACGGUCGAAGCACACACACAAUCACAAUUCGUUUUCUAAAUAGACUUAAGCUUGUCACACGCAAUGUACAAAAUCCAAAAUUAUAACUUUAAUAAACUUAAUCUUUUCGCCGAAGGAUCGAUAUUUCUCCUGGCGGCGAUAUAACGUAAGGUAAAAAAAA